AUGUGGAUCGGUGGAUAUCUGCUGUUGUCUUUAGAGGAACUGGUGCUAAAUGUGGAUCGUUGUGAUAUUAAAGUUCCCACCUCUGCUCUUUUUUCAUCCCUCACAGUCCUGAAUUUGUCUGGAAUCAAGUUUAUUAGUGGCCCUACUAAUAAAUCUGGAAAUGUUCAACUUGAUUUCCCAGUUCUGAGAACUUAUAAGACAGAUGAUUGCACCUGGUCAUCAAGCUUAAAGUGUGUCACUUUAGAAGCACCUCUGCUUAAAGUGGUUUCUAUAAAGGACUUUAGACGUCGGUCUGCAUCUAAUAAUUCAUAUACUGUCCUAAAGUUUUGUGCUUCAAGUCUAGCAGAAUUCACUUAUAAUGGUUAUCUACUACCGGACACCAUUGUAUUUGAUCUAUCUGCAGCACAUAUUGCUUCUGCUAAUAUUGAUGUUGAUAUAUAUGAGGAGGAGAUUAGUGUGCAAGAAAUGGUGGCUCUUUCUAGUAAGCUUCUGAAGCAAUUUCAAAAUGUAGAAUAUUUGAAGUUUGGGAUGUCAGGGGAGGAGGUUUUACAGCUAACAAAAGAUUCUCUAGCAGAUCUUCCUACAUUUAAAAUGUUAAGUCAUUUGGAGCUAGCAAAUGUUACUGCUGAAAUUUCUUUGGCAUUACUCCUGAAAACACCAUAUCUAAAGACUCUAAUUUUUCAGGUGCGGCUAGCAAAAGAUUCAUUGACAGAUCUUCCUUCAUUCGAAAUGUUAAGUCAUCUGGAGCUAGGAAAUGUUACUGGUGAAAUUCUUUUGGCAUUACUUUUCAAAACACUAAAUCUAAAGACUCUUAUUUUCCAUGAACUACUAGUUGACCAAGAACUGUUGAAUUAUGAUUGUGAGCCUCAUUGUUUUUUAAAUCUUCAAGUGGUAAAGUUUUUGAGUUUUGAUGGAUCCGAGCAUGAGUUAAGUUUUGCUAAAUUUGUGAUGGAAAAUGCUCUUUUCUUGAAGAGGAUGACUUUCAUCCCCACUUGGAAGCUACGCAAGUCAAAUCUGGAAUAA